AUGUUACGAAACAAACGCAAGGCGGACGAGGGUAUGGAACUCAUUCGACCGCCUAUGCUCGACAAGCUCAAACUCGAGCUCGUGCCGGCCGACGGUAAUCGGCUCGCUAUCAAGAUCUCUGACUCCACCUCCGCCGCCGCCGCCAGCAACGUCGCUUGCAGCGGCGACAUGCUCCUCUCGGUCCGGAGCAGCGGGGAAGGCGCGACGCUCGACGGCAAGAAGAGCACCAACAUGUUCUCCAUCACAGGCGGCUGCAGCCUCUACCUGGAGGCGCUGCACUUUGUGGACGGGUUUGGUGCUUAUGGCGGUGCGGUGUACGCUAAUGGCGCUGGCGACAUUGCGACGAAGGACGUGUCCUUCACGGGCUGCGAGGCUAACCAACGCGGAGGAGGUAUGUACGUGUGGAAAGGCGGCGACGUCUCGCUGGAGGGCGCCCGCUUCAGCGAGUGCACGGCUGGCGAUCGCGGAGGAGGUAUGUACGUGUACAUCAGCGGCGACGUCGCGCUGGAGGGCGCCAGCUUCAGCGAGUGCACGGCUGGCAAUGACGGAGGGGGUAUGUACGUGGAGAACAGCGGCGUGGAAGGCGACGUCUCGCUGGAAGGCGCCAGCUUCAGCGAGUGCACGGCUGGCAAUUCCGGAGGAGGUAUGUCCGUGUGGAAGAGCGGCGACGUCUCGCUGGAGCGCGCCAGCUUCAGCGAGUGCACGGCUGCCUAUUACGGAGGAGGUAUGUACGUGGAGAACAGCGGCGUGGAAGGCGACGUCUCGCUGGAAGGCGCCAGCUUCAGCGAGUGCACGGCUGGCAAUGGCGACAAUGAGAGCGCCGUCGGCAUUGCAAGGGAGCUCAAGACGGCGGCGAGGGAGGGGCGCGGCUCUACCACCAGCUCUACCGCCAGCGCCGAGACGGUAACGAUCCGCGAUGCGGAGGAGGCGCUCGAGGGAGUCAACGCGGCCCCGCUCUCCGGGCACGUAGUGUUUCUCCUCUACCUGAACGAUAAGACCUUUCUGGACGCCGGCGGCGCCGUCGCGCGCCUCGUGCAAGCGGCGAUGGACCGACGCAUCGCCGUCGCAAUGGUCCACGAGCAGGACCCUACCUGCGGCGGCGUUCCGUUCCGCAACUUUUUCCAGCAGACGCCGCAGGUGCUGCUGCAGCCGCCGUACAAGCUCUUCGACACGGUGGCGGUGCCGCUCUACCCGGCUCCGGCGCACCGCACGGUGAGCUUGCGCCUCAUACUAACAAGCAUGGGAGCGGUGCCGUGCGACGCGGGGCCGCUCCGGCGGCGGUGGCAGCUCCUCCGCCGCCGCAUAGCGGUGGCGCGCCUCGUGCGGCGGCGCCCCGCCGAGCUGCACCAGCAGCCUGUGGUGCAGCCGUAG